ACGUUUUAGUAUGAUUAGAGCGAGGAGGGAGAUUAUACGGCUGUACACAACUGUUGUUUUAAUCCCCUGCAAGAGGAGAUUUAGCAAGAAAAAACACUGGCUUUAAACCCAGCAGCCAUAUUGUAUGGAAAAAACAACGGAAAGACUCCUGUUUUCAGAAAAAGUCGUCUCCUCAGAUACCUUUGUCAGACUUGUGAGGAGUUUAAUUUCUCUUUUACUGGCAGUGGGUUUCUGCUGUACAGCUAGCCGGCCAGCUGGCUGAGGGAUCCAGAGUUUGGGACUAUUUUCCAGCAUUUCUGUGCAAUAUUGGAGGUUAUAUUUCUGGUGUAAAAGUGUUACCUGAAACGCCGAAUAAUGAAGGACCGAUUGGAGCAGCUUAAAGCGACAUGUGAUCAAGAUGAUGAAGAGGUGGAGAUUGCUGUGGACAAUGCAGCCUUCAUGGAUGAUUUCUUCUCUCAGAUUGAGGACAUCAGGAACAGCAUUGAUAAAAUUGAUGAGAAUGUUGCUGAAGUCAAAAAGCUGUACUCGGUCGUCCUGUCAGCUCCCACCUCAGAUCAGAAAACACAGGACGACUUGGAGGCAAUCACUAAUGAUAUAAAGAAGAUGGCCAACAAUGCAAGAAAUAAACUCAAGACCAUUGAGAGGAAUCUGGAGUCGGAACAGGAGGAGAGGGUGUCAGCUGACCUCCGAAUACGCAAAUCACAGCAUUCAGUGCUGUCAAGGAAGUUUGUGGAAGUAAUGACAAAGUAUAACGAAGCUCAGGUGGAAUUCAGAGAGCGGAGUAAAGGACGUAUUCAGAGACAGCUAGAGAUCACUGGAAAAGCAACAACGGACGAUGAACUGGAAGAAAUGCUGGAGAGUGGCAAUGCUGCCGUGUUUACUGCAGGGAUUGUGGACUCUGGGAUCUCGAAACAAGCCCUGAGCGAGAUUGAAUCAAGACAUAAAGACAUUGUCCGUCUGGAGAGUAGUAUCAAGGAGCUGCAUGACAUGUUUGUAGACAUCGCCAUGCUGGUGGAGAGCCAGGGUGGGAUGAUUGACAAGAUUGAGAGCAACAUGGACCAGUCUGUGGGCUUUGUGGAGCGCGCCGUGGCAGACACUAAGAAAGCUGCAAAGUAUCAGCAGGAAGCUCGUCGUAAAGUGGUGAUAAUAGUGGUGGUUGUGCUGGUCUUGCUGGGAAUACUAGCACUCAUAAUCGGGUUGUCAGUAGGAUUGAAAAACAGCUGAUGAACUGUUUGAGUAAGAGACGAGCCGAGGGUAAGUAACUUUGGACCAGAUGUGUGCUGUAGUACCACAGGGGGUGUGGCUAUGAGGCAUGCUUGGGGAAAAUGUUCCCUUUUAGGCUCCGCAAGUGCGUUUUCUUUCUGUCCAGGGAGCUUGCGAGCAUAGUGCUUCUGUGCGUUUGUGGUUCGUGUCCGCAUUAUAUUUAGUUUUUGGUCUUUGCGGCUGUGCUUCUAUUGCUUCUAGUUGCUGCUAUAACCAAGCAUGGUUAGUGGUGAGUUUGUUGCAUGUUGUUUCAGCUUGUGUUAAAUGUGGAUGCGGGGCGGUUCAGUGACAGGUUCUCAGUCGGUCAUUAACACCAUCUUCACCUUGUAUCUCUCCCUCUGUAGAAAACGAUCAUCAUUGGUGUAGUCUGUGCUAUCCUCAUCGUCGUCAUCCUCAUCAUCAUCCUCACCCAGACGUUGUAGUAAGACUCCACUUGUGCAUUCAUCACCCAGUCCUCGCCGUUCUCCCAUCAGCUGGCCCACAAAAGGAAAUGAAACUUGAACUGAGACCACUCCACGUGGAAAUCACCAGAUUUAUCAACACCCCACUUGAAAGAAUGACCUCUGGAAAGGGGAAGACGAAGGUCUCUUUGGUUGCCUUAGUUCUGCCCAUUUCAAGGAGUUCAGACCUGAAGUCGACAUGAGGAGCAACACCUGUGGAGGCAAAAAGGGAGUUGAAAAGUAGCUGAUCAUUACGUCACUCCAGUGUCACUGAACAUUUCAUUGUUUAACAUGUGAUACCAAAGUUUCACCCUUUGUGUUUGUCAUAUAACUGUUGUUUAUUCAUGCAGAAGCACAUGAUCUCCCAGAUCAUUAAUCAUUGCCUUUAUGAGCCUUGAAACUUUUAUAACUGAAAUGCUACUGAAUGUUCACUGCUCUCGGAUCUUGUUGGUUUUGGGGAGUUCCAGCACUUUCACAUUUCAUAGUAUGUAAUAAAGCUUAAAUAUGCAUAAUUAUUAUGUAAAUAAUAGAAUUUAUAUGUGUGUUUUUCAUACCCAAUCCAGAAGGUGUCCCAGUGCUUAGACUUGAAGGACGUGGUGUGCACUCUCUGAUGAUUCUUCACUUUAGAGAUUCCCAGUGGGCGUCAUUUUUAAAAUGUGAAAGAAUUAUGGAAUGACAAGAGAAGCAAAAAAUGUGAACCGUAAUAUAAGGGAAAAUCCUGAAACUGCAUCUUUUUGGACCUUUAACAUGUGUCUGUUAACAUGCUAUAAAAACGUUGUUUUUGUUGCCAAAGACUUUGCUGAGAGGCUGUUAGUAACACUAGUGUCUACCUUACCGGAAGUGCCAGAGUUGUCUUUGUUUUUAUUCUACUUUGUGAUAAUGAGUUGCAGAAUCAAUCACACAAAUUGGCACCCCAAACUACAGGGAAGUGUCUGGUCCUCGUGGCUCUUUGACUGUGAUGCAUUCACUGGAAUAUUUUGGUUCCACUGUGAACAAACAAUGUUGCUGUUUAUCAGUGCAGCCCUGCAAUAAACCCACGAAGGGAUGUUUGUAAAAGUCACAAUGUUAAGUUUGUGUUAAAGCUGCUGUACUUGGGUAACCUUCAUAAACAUUGGAGGCUGGAAAUGUUUCCAAACUAUAUUACAUUCUCGUUUAUGUAAAAUGUAUCCCCACUCAUAGCUACAACUGGGACAAAGAAGGUAAAAAAACACCAGUCAAAAAGACCGGGAGGUUUUACAUAUAGAGAAGAUCAUCAGGAAAGAAAAACGGAUAACGGGAGGUAUUGCAGGGCUGCUCUAUUAACAUAAUUGGUUUUGAUGAAUUAAUGAACUGAGCUGAAUUGUGGUUGGUCAUCGUUUCUUGGUGAUGGAAACAUGUCACACUGGCAGCUUGCUGAGCAGCAGUGCACAGCCUUUUGCUCAUGAUUUAAACGACCAAAGUAAAGCAUGUGAUUCUUGCUGCGCUUGGAAGAAAAUAUGCUUUUUCAGCCAAUCAUCAAAGGGAAAAGUCAUUUCAACUGGUCUGUAUGUUGACUCAUCCUUGUACAGGAAGAUGUUGAAAAUAAAAGGCCUUCAUCGUGGUUUUUUUAUCUGCACAUUAAGAGUGGUUGUAGAAAACUCGAGCCUUUGUAUACAGUUUUAAGUGUCAAUUGUUUUAAAAUAAUUAAAGAUUUAUUAUUUUAUAAAGAC